AUGCACGACUUUAUGACCUCAAUCCAAACCUCCUUCCUCCGCACAACGAACUGGCGAAUCGACAAUUCCUACUCCUCCCUAACAACAACAUCCAGCAACCUCCUCGACUUCCCCCUCCCCACCGGCCUCGCCCUCCAUCUCUCCUCCCUCUCCGCCCCCAACUUCGCCACCUCCUACACCCUCGGCUCGCAAGGCCUAGUCGACGGAUCCCUCUCCUUCCUCUACUCUUCCCGAUCCCUUCGCAUUGCGUCCGCGAGUCGGGAUGUCCCUCUCAGUAAUCUCGUGCGGGGAUAUCGCCAUUUAGCCGAACUGCGAGCGCCUGAAGAUGCACAAGUCUUUCGAGAGAGAAUAUUGGGCAAAGGGAAGAAGAGUAAAGAUGCAUUGUUGUAUGGGAGAUUAUAUCUCCCCUCUUCCACGCUCGAGGGCAUGUACAUUCGAAGAUUAACUCCCACGAGACUGUUGCGGGUGAAUUGCGUCUCCUCUUCCAGUCUUCCUUCGGGAGGAACAUUGCUGGCGUUGUUGUCGACGGAUAAUGGCAAGUACAGUACUGAAUACUUGUACUCUACCGAUUCUUCGCUGUUGGGCGUGAGGGGGUUGUAUAAUUUCGGAUAUGAUCCGAGAUAUCCUUCUCUUUCUUCUUCUUCUCAGACGACCAUGCAAGGGAAUGGGAUGACACAAGUCCGGAAUGCAUGGGACCAUCAAUCGGGACGUUUAUCGGCGGGAGCGGAAGCGUACUUUUCCCCGUUGAAUAAAAGUGGUGGCAUGAGUCUGGGAUUGAGAUUCGCGACUUUACCCGAACAUUCUGGGUUUCCCUAUACCAUGGCGUUGACGGUCAAUCCUCUCAUGGGAAAUCUAUCGUCCACAUAUGCCGUCAAAGCCGGACCGAAUCUGGCGCUGUGUUCGAGAUUCGACUUUAAUGUCUACUCGUACGAAUCAGACGUCGUGGUGGGGAUGGAGCUGUGGCAGCGAAGGAAAUCUCGCAUGGAUGAUGAGGACAGCGGCAGCGGUGGGGGAGUGGAGUGGGCGGAGAAAAUGUUGAGACAAGGGUGGAAGAGGGCGGAGGAGGAUGUUCAAGGAGUGCUGAAGGCUCGGGUGGAUAAUCAUGGCRAAGUGGGAGUUGUGUGGGAAUGUCGAGUCAAGGAGCUGUUGUGUAGCUUUGGCGCCGGUUUUGAUUUGAGGAGGAGGGAUAAGGUGCUUGGGAGGGUCGGGGUGGAGGUGGGAUAUUCGAGUUGA